AUGGAUAAAAAGAUAGUGCGCAAAGGGCCGCUGCCUGGGGGUCGCCGGGGCGCGUCUGGAGCUGGCGCUGGACGCGGCAGCAUGCGGGCCGCCAGCCGAGCGCGAGGAGCUGCACGGUCAUCUACCAGCCCUCCGCAUCCAUCAUCCCCACCAGAAGGCUUGGUGUCGGCUGGGUCUUCUCGGACUCAGCAAGCGGCACCCGCCGCUGGUGGAGCACGUCGCAUGCGUUGGUCACAAGAAAUGAAUGCAAACGCACUGCGGGCGUACUUUAGGGCAAAAGGGGAAGAAACUGGAUGUUUGGCGUAUCGGGCUAGGAUGCAUCGUCUUUUUGCUGAGCUGGAGCCAUCUUUAAUCGUCACAGAGCAAAACCUGGCAGACCGAGUUCGGUAUAUCUUGCGCUCAAAUAUAUUUGAUGUCGCCGAACUCGAACGGCUACGACGUGAGGCUGUUCCCUCGUCGGAUGAGAAUGCUACGGCUGAGGAUGCGGCGCCACAAAUGGUAGAGCAACCCGCAAACGUGGAUGCCGCCGUGAAUACCCCAGUUGUGGUUGAUUCAAACGAUGAUGGAACAGUCGCCCAGGAACUGGAAUUAGAGCAUAUGAGGAGUAUAUUGGAAGAGGCUAUUGUGGAAACGCGCAGUACGCCUCUCGAAAAUCGACCGCGACUUCCCCGCAUAGCCCUAAGCAAGCGGAAUCGGGCUGUCGUGAGGGCUCUGAACCCAAUGCUGGUUACCUAUUUGGAAGCCAGCCGGGACCUUUGCGAGACGGACUCAAUUCUUUUUGGCGCCGCGCUGGCAGUCUGCCGUAUCAUAGGCGCCAAGGUUUCCACGGCUGGACGCGCUACUGGCCAUAGUAGCGCUAUCCCAGCAUGGAGAAGAAGAAUUGAGGAACGUAUCGCAAAGGCUAGAGCUCUCAUCGGCAGACUGAUAUGCUUCAGAUCAGGCAACAACAGGCCAAGAAUUGUGCGCACCGUCAGGAUGGCGUUUGCUGGGACAAAUGUCAGUUUGUCCCAGCCGGAUAUAACGCAAAAACUGACGGAGCGCAUAGAUGAUCUGAAGCAGAGAAUCGCUGCUUGGGGAAAGCGGAUUCGGCGAUAUACCGAGAGGUCGACACGGUUCAACCAGAAUCGUCUCUUCCAGAGUGAUCAGAAGAGGCUCUAUGAAUCAUUGGAGCGACCAAUGGUAAGUGGAACGGGUCCAGCACCGGAUCAGGCCGACACUGUAGCAUUCUGGCGCGGCCUGUGGUCAGAGCCCGUAAACCACAGCGAGGGCCCUUGGACGGAAGUUGUGGCGAGUCAGUGUGCGGGUAUUACGCCCAUGGACCCCGUCAUCAUAACGCCGGAUGACGUAGCUGAGGCGGUUCGUAGGGCCCCCGAACUGGAAAAGUCCGGGGGCUUGACGGGCUGCAUCACUACUGGCUGA